UGACGUAUGACAGGGAUGACGUGUGACAGUUCUCGCCUCCACAUGGCAGUUGACACAACCGCGCCGGCAAGUCCGUUAGCGUCAAGGUGGGCGAAGAGGUCUGUAGUGGACAGCAGCACUAUUCAGCUGGUCACGUGGCGAGCAUUGGGAAAAUAGUUUGCACAUCACAUCGGAGAGAAGAGGACAUCUGUCCUACGACCUACGUGCGUCGUGCCGCCACAGUCCUGAGUGGGCCGAGCGAAGUAGGACAACAGUUAGAAGCGCAAUUGGUCCGGUGACUGCUGCAGAGACUCUCAUUGGUGGAUUGAUAACGAGCUCUUGAAUUAUUGCUACAGAGAGAGAGAGAACUUACUUGUAGCAACUGCAAGAAAGAGGUUGUCGCCAAAACUCACAGCGUUCAUUGAUACCUUCACCCAGACACCUACCCGUACAUUAUGGGGUAGGGGGGACGUGACUGAUAGCAAUGUCCAUCGUCUAAACAGGGGAGUAUGCUUCAUUACACACUGCAGGUAAUGAGUGCACGGAUUACAGUUCACACCGCUGCGGGGUGUUUGUAGAGUAGUUGGGUAACUACAUCCACCCGGGUCGCGCAUCACGAGAUGUCAACAGGAACAAUCAGGUGCUGUCUGCAGGACACCAUGCUCACCCCGCCCUCGGCAGCGCGUCGUGCUCUGGGCAUUGGCGCCAUCUUGGUGGCCAGCACCCUGUGGAGCGUGGUUGCAGCUGUGCAGGACGUGCGGAUGUUGACGAUGUUUGUGUUGACCCAGACGCUGGCGUACUAUGUGAACCAUGUACACGGCAUGCUGUUUGUCGCCACGCUCCUGUCCAUCCUGUGGACCAAACAAGUGGCCAUGCAGUGGUGGAAAGGGCAGUUGCUGACAACCAAGUUCUUCAUCCGGCUGGGUUACUUGCUCCUACCGCUUGCCGGGUCCUUGCUGCUGACUAUGUUCUUGUGGACUCCAUUGUACCGAGUGUACGCAAGUGUCAACUACAUCUUCGACCCUUUUACCGGCUAUUAUCUGAUGCAGUGGCGAGAGAUUCUGUUUGUUGUCGCUGGGCUGUUUAUUUUUUACAAGGCCGUCCGCAGCCUGGAGUUCUGGCGCAGCGCCGACAGGCAGACACUCACAGGCAGUUGUGGGGAAGACUCACAGCCCGAUGGCAGGACCCGGCUGCAGCGGAUAAACCAAUGCACCUGUGAUGCCGUGUCCCAAGUUAACGGGAAAGUCUGUCGCACGUUCCGAAGAGCCAGGCUUGGACUACACACACUCUGGCCCUCAGCUGGUGCACCCACAGCCACACUGACCAACAGGGGGGGCAGGUUUUUGCAGAGCACCAUGUCUGAGAAUCCAGAUGGCCCCCAGGGAAGCAGAAGCCUUGUGGUUUUAUCCCAUCACGUGGACUCUUCACAGCCUGCAGUACCCCACAGACUUUCCACAGACAACAUAAUGUUCGUCGCCCCAUCCCAUGCCAUCGCACAAGAGGCCGGGACCUCCGGGAGGUCCAAGUGCAGAGGCCGACAGCGCAUGACAGCAGACCUGGAGAUUGCCAGCACCUCGAGUUCCGGGCGAUUGCACGCACGCAGGACAGCGCCAGUCACGCGCAGCCAGCACCGCACGUUCCUUCUGGAGAAGCGUGGCGGGGUCAAGGCACAGUUCCUGCGAGAGUGUCGCCACCCGCUGCACCUCUGUGAGCCUUGCCAGUGUCGCUAGCUGCUACACUGCCAACACCAUGCCGACUCCAUCAGACUCCUGUCUGACGCUGCUGUGAGUGAGAAGUUUCACCUGCACAACUGCUGCUGUCGCGGUUUACACCUAUAAAGUGUUGCUGUGACAGUUUACACCUGUACAACUGCCGCGAAAAUCCAUUUUCCUUCAUCAAGUUGCAUCAUGUACAACACACGAUGUGGCUCCUUCUACAUCCAGGGACGUGUGACCAGACUAACAAAUAAUGCCAUGCAAGUACAGCACCGAUGCGGCUGAACGAAAUUCCUGCUACAGCUGUGACUUGUACAGAGGAAAUGGAUGAAGACACACGAAACCCUUUCCACAGGUCACAUGCGUGGGUCAAAGGUCAUAUAGAACAUUUAUCAGUAGCUGGCCAUAGUGUUGGGGGUGAAGGAGUUAGCACUGACACUCUAGAUUCUAGAAUGUGCGUGUGUGUGUUGUAACAUGUGCCCGUGUUACAGAUGAGAGUGGGAAAUGAAUGAAUGAAAAACUAAACAAAUGUCUGCCUUGAAAACUUCUUAGAUUACUGGCACUGCUGUCGAGACUUCUGCAUUAUAAACGUUUAUUGUUAUAGGUGAUUUAUCAUAUACACUAUUUUCAGAACAUUUUACAUUUUUAUAUUACGGCUUUAAACUAAGCUAACUUGGUUAAUUUUGAGCAGCUCCAAGAAUCUGCACACAGACUUCUAUUCCUGCUGUUAUGGGGUUGUGACAAAUAAAAUUGGGUAACGUUUCCUCA